ACUCAACCCUCAGCCCGGCCCCGGCCUCGAAAGCCGAGUCGGAGAGCCGCCGCGCGGGGACACACUCGCCUCGAGGACCUCUCCCGGCGGAAUCCUUUGCCAUGGCACCGCCCCCGCCAUUUCCGCCACGAACUGAGAGGUCCCUCCCCGACGCCGGAAGUCCCGAGGCCCUGCUUCCGCGCAGUCUUCCCCAACCCCGCCGCGGAGAAGAGGAUCUGCUUCCGGCCCCGGGUGGCCGCCGGCUGGGCUCGCGGUGCGCUCCGGAGCGCUGUCCAGGGAGCGUCGUUCCCCCGGACGCUGGCGCGGGAAGCCGGGGCCGCGGCCGCGCCAGGAGAGUGCUGGUCCGGGCGCGAGGCUCGUGCGGGGCCAUGAACGGGACCGCGAACCCGCUGCUGGACCGCGAGGAGCAUUGCUUGCGGCUCGGGGAGAGCUUCGAGAAGCGGCCACGGGCCUCUUUCCACACCAUUCGCUAUGACUUUAAGCCAGCAUCUAUAGAUACUUCUUGUGAAGGAGAGCUUCAGGUUGGCAAAGGAGAUGAAGUCACAAUUACACUGCCACAUAUCCCUGGAUCUACACCACCAAUGACUGUGUUCAAGGGGAACAAACGACCUUAUCAGAAAGACUGUGUACUUAUCAUUAAUCACGACACUGGUGAAUAUGUGCUGGAGAAACUCAGUAGCAGCAUUCAGGUCAAGAAAACAAGAGCCGAGGGGAGCAGUAAAAUCCAAGCUCGAAUGGAACAGCAACCCACUCGUCCCCCACAGCCAUCACAGCCACCACCUCCUCCACCACCUAUGCCAUUCCGAGCUCCAACAAAGCCUCCAGUUGGACCCAAAACUUCUCCCUUGAAAGAUAACCCCUCACCUGAACCCCAGCUGGAUGACAUCAAAAGAGAGCUGCGAGCCGAAGUUGACAUUAUUGAGCAGAUGAGCAGCAGCAGCGGGAGCAGUUCCUCAGAGUCGGAGAGCUCGUCAGGGAGCGACGAGGACAGCUCCAGCAGCGGCGCUGAGGACAACGGCCCGGCAUCCCCCCCGCAGCCUGCACACCAGCAGCCCUACAGCAGCAGGCCAGCCGCUGCCAAUGGAACUGGCCGGCCCCAGGGAAGCAACCAGCUCAUGAACACGCUCAGAAAUGACUUGCAGUUGAGUGAGUCUGGCAGUGACAGUGAUGACUAGAGUUGGAUCUUUCGAAAUCAGCUUCUCAUGCACAGAUGUGCUGCUGGACCAGGCUGCGCUCGCACGGAGCCCCGUGCUGAGAGGGACACGCUGUGGAUCAGUGACUGUGUAGGAGUUUGAGGCUAUGGAGGUCUCAGACAUUCAAGUCUUUAACUUAGUGGUGAUGGGUGAUUUUCUCGUGUAAUUUUUGAACAAUCUCAUGUUGCAAAGUAGAACUAUGGAAGAACUAACAGAAUUAUAUUUCUAUUUGGUUAACACUGUUCAUAGACAACAGACCAAUGUGCCCUGGUCUAGGUUACUCAAAGGCCAUUAUCUUUAGGGGGCCAGUGAUUCCGUUUUAAACCUCAGCAGCCACCAGUUUGGCCAAGUGGUCUGCACCAGUGAAAUGAAACCUGGUCUUGGAGGGGUAGGAGAGAGAGGGAAACCUCACACUGCAGCAUAAAAGUAUGUUAAAACCACUUUACAGCUUUUGAGACAAAGUGGUAAGGAAGUUUUGUCAGACCCAACCUGAUAAGCCUGUGUAGGAACCGACUUAGAGGAGUCCUAGAGCGUCCGCCAGGCAGGACCCUGGAGCUCUGCUAGUUCAACCCCCUCAUUUACAAAUAAGGAAAGAGAAGCCUCCGGCUGGCUGAUGGCCGGUCUCCUGCCCCCAGUCCAGGCUUUCCCUGCUGCUCUCUCCCUUGAAUCUCAUUUAUUGGAACUGGAGAUUCUUAUACAUGACACUGAUAGUUGUACAUCGGAGCUUUUAUUGGAUUGCAAAAGACAAAAGUGUUGGGUACUUCUGACUCAAAUUCUGAUCCAAAAAGUCGCUAAAUACCUGAGGCUGGAUGAGCAGGUCAGACCAGCAGCCACCGUGCUGACGCGUGAGAUGCAGUCACAUGGGGGCUCUUAGUUCUGUAGAUCCGUGCUAAGCGUUCUUCAUUCAGUGCAUUUUAGUAGGGGGGUAGGAGUGGAAGAGAGGUGUAGUGAAGGAACCUUUCCGAACAAGAGAACCAGCAGCGGGUUUUCAAAAACCCAGAAUCUAGAUAGGAUGCAGUUCUGCAAUAGGAAAUGAGCACAUUCUUGGAGAAGGCAUUUCUGUUCCUGCUUUUCUACCACUGUUCGUGCCUGACUCCCAGACCAGUUUGUACUUUUGAUAUACAACUAGAAGAAAGUCACAAGAUUGCCUUUUUGCAGUGUGCAGUUUCCAAAUGAAUCUGUUACAGAAAAGUGGUCACUAGUAAAUGUUCCAUAUUUAGGGAAUGUGUGAUAAAUCAUCCCAUGAUUAGUAUGGAGUAGCCCAUUUCUGUAAUUUGAAUGAAUACAGUUUGAAGGUCCUGAGAAAUUUCCAUUUACUUUGGUUCAGUGGGUAUCACAAACAUUAAAAUUGAGUUUCCUUCCUUGGGUUCCUCCACUCAAAGAUGGCCUCUGCAUCCCCCGCUUAGUGGAUGGAAGCAGUCUGGACCUGGAAAGGAAUGAGAUGAUUCACGGUGGGGGCUUUGGUGAGAGUCGCACCUUACAGAGCCACCUGUUUGAUGCGCACAGGGGCUCCGGUGAGCUGGAGAUGGGGGCCCAGCGCCGUCAUCCCGUGGCGAACUCACACCACCCCACCUAGUACAGGUAACAGGCUAAUACACCAGUACUCUGUGCUGGGUGCUCAGCCCAUCGUGAGGAUUCAGUGCGUUUAAUGGCAGGUAGGAAUUUAUAAUGAACUGAUAAUUGUUUUAUAAUUCCUUGGUAAUGACAGCUCAGGGAAGGUGAAAGUCACGAUUGGGAGACUUGACUUGUUAUUGGAUGUGGGACUUGUUUCACAACUCUUAACUUGCUCAAGCUGGGGCAGGUUCCAGGAACUUGAACUAAAAAUAUCUACUUAAAGCCCUCUCUCUCUCUUUUUUUUGUUCUCCCAAAGUCUUGAUUUAUACAGACAAGAGCUGUGGGUUUUGGCAUGUUGGGUCAGGAUGUCUGGCUCUAUAGGAAAUGCUUGCGUGUGGCACUGGGUUUGGCGAGUCGAGCUCUCUGGGCUUCAGACCCUUUCCUCUGUCACCCGUCCUACCGGACACUGCACCGUUCUCCUCUAGCCCGUUUCCAGUUUGUUCUCUGCACAAAGCCCUUGGUGGUUCCCUCCCCCGGCCCUCCAGCUUUACCCACCAGAACAAGGAAUCUUCUUUUUGGAAAUCAAGAAUUUGGCCUCACAGACUACGUCUCAUGUGUAACCUCGUGCCAGCCUCAUUGGACUUGUUCUUUGUGCCUCUGUGCCUUCUCAAUCCACCCCCCGCCCCCCACGCCCCAGUCCUGACGCUCUGGAGACGCCAUCCUCGUGGCCUCUUCCUCUGCUCGUUUCAGCCCACUAGAGUGCUGUGUGGACGCACUGACCUUCCUCUUGCUUGAGCUCGGGUUGGUGUGACCUUCCUCUUGCUUGAGCUCGGGUUGGUGUGAACUCCUUAAAAGCAGGGACUGUCAUUCUCAUCUCUAUUCCCUGGGGUGUUCACAGGAAUAGACAUUCAGAUGCUUAUAGCCUGGUGGGGAGGAGGCAGAGAAAACCAGCCAGUGGAGUACAGAGAGUAGACAU